UCUGGAGAUGUGGAGAAAUGCAACACUCCAUGGAAAAACACUCAAGCUGAGAUCCUGAGCCCAGCAGGACAGACAGACAGGAUGGACCGAGAGAACGGUCAGAGAAACAGAGGGAGGAGGAGACGUCUGUAUGAGGACUAUAUGUCCGUUAAAGACGUGUCUGAUGGACUGAAGAGAGGACAGCUCAUACAGGGAGUGUUGAGGAUAAACCCAAAGAAAUAUCACGAAGCGUUCGUUCCCUCUCCUGACGGGUCAGCAGACAUUUUCCUGGAUGGGAUGGUGGCAAGGAAUCGAGCUCUGAACGGAGAUGUGGUGGUGGUUAAGCUCCUCCCUCCAGACCAGUGGAAGGUGUUGAAUGGAGAUGAGGGUGAACAGACGAGUGUGGACAAAGAGCGACAGAGUGAGUCCAUCCCUGACGUUAUAGUGGAGGCUCAGUAUAACGAGAAGGAGGACGUCGAAGAACUCCGUCAGAAAAUGGAGGGGGCCACUCUGCAGGAUAAAGUUCCAUCUACAGCAGAUCCACGAAGCUCCUCAAACAGAAACGUUCAGCGAACCGCCAAGGUGGUGUAUAUCAUGGAGCAGAAACACUCCAGGGCAGUGUCGGGGUUUAUUAAGCUCCUCCCUGAUAAGCCCUUCGCCCUGUUCUCCCCCUCAGACCAUCGAGUCCCCCGAGUGAAUGUCCCGCUCUCAGGCUGUCCUGCAGAUUUCCCCUCACGCUCUAAUGACUAUUCAAACAUACUAUUCAUCUGCAGGAUCACACACUGGACCCCAGACAGCCUGUUCGCCCAAGGGCAGUUGAUGAAGUCAUUAGGUCAGGCGGGAGUCAUUGAGCCGGAGACAGAGGCCAUGUUAAUGGAGUAUGAUGUGGAUUUCUCUGAGUUUACAGAUGAAGUGUUAGAGUGUCUACCGCAGGCUCGACCCUGGACCAUCCCACCUGACGAGCUGAAAAGGAGGCGGGACCUCAGGAAGGAGUGCAUAUUUACGAUUGAUCCAGCUACAGCCAGAGACCUGGAUGAUGCUCUGUCCUGUAAACAACUUUCUGAUGGUAACUUUGAAGUGGGUGUGCACAUAGCAGACGUGAGUUAUUUCAUGGAGGAGGGAAGUGCUCUGGAUUACACUGCGAGCAGGAGAGCCACCAGUGUGUACCUCAUACAGAAGGUAAUUCCAAUGUUGCCACGUCUCCUGUGUGAAGAAUUGUGCAGUUUAAAUCCUCAAACUGACCGUUUAACGUUCUCAGUCAUCUGGAACUUAUCACCUGAGGGGAAGAUCCUGAGUGAGUGGAUUGGCCGCUCAGUGAUCCGCUCAUGUGUGAAGCUGAGUUAUGAUCACGCUCAGAGCAUGAUCGACUCGCCCACUAAAGUGUUUGGUGCUGAUGAGCUUCCCCCAGUCUCCCCUGAACACUCGGUACACACCAUCCUCCAGGCCGUCCUGCACCUUCACACCAUCGCCACUCACCUGCGUGCACAGCGCUUCAGGGGCGGAGCCUUGCGUCUCGACCAGAUGAAGUUGGCGUUUACUCUGGACUCUGGGUCAGGAAUGCCUCAAGGCUGUUACAUCUACGAGUACAGAGACAGUAACAAGUUGGUGGAAGAGUUCAUGUUGUUGGCCAACAUGGCUGUAGCCCAUCAGAUUUACCGCUCAAACCCCGAGCUUGCUCUGCUGCGCCGUCACGCGCCCCCACAGAGCCGUCUAAUGGAGACACUACAGGAACAGUGUGACCACAUCGGCCUUAACAUCGACAUGAGCUCGGCUGGAGCACUGCAUAGGAGUCUGAAGGAGGCGGUUGGAGAUGAUGAAUACAGCCCAGCCAGGAAGGCUGUACUCACACACCUGUGUGCCAGACCCAUGCAGAUGGCAGUGUAUUUCUGUACAGGAGUUCUGCAGGAUGAAAAGUUAUUCCAUCACUACGCUCUGAACGUACCCCUCUAUACACACUUCACCUCUCCCAUCCGUCGCUAUGCAGAUGUCAUUGUCCACCGUCUGCUGGCCGCCUCACUCAAGUGUGGACCUUGUGUGCAUCUCACCCAAGAUGAAGUGCAGAAACAGGCCUCUCACUGUAAUGAUAAGAAGAUGGCAUCUAAGAGGGUUCAGGAGAUGAGCACCGAGCUGUUCUUCAGUGUCUUUGUCAGGGAGUGUGGGCCUCUGGACUCGCAGGCGAUGGUGAUGGGGAUCCUGGAUAAAUCCUUUGAUGUGUUGGUGCUACAGUAUGGAGUUCAGAAGAGAAUCUACUGUAAUGUCAUUGAGGGUCUGCAGUCAUUUACUUUCCAUAAAAUUGGUAAAUGUCCCAAGAUGGACCUGGUUUGGAAUCCUCACGAACUGGAAGAGGAAAUGGUUACACAGGAGAUCUCCUUGUUCUCUGUGGUUGAUGUGCGGCUCACUGCUGGUGAAGGUGCUCUCAAAUACACUGCAGUACUGAUGAGAACCAGACACUGAACGAACACACACACACACACACACUUUAUUUGGUUUUAUUUUAUUUGAUAUUCCUAUGGAUCUGUUGAUCAGACAUUCUGAAGUCGGUGUAUUGAAGCUGUGUCGGAUUUUAACUGGAGAUAUUUCACAUUAACACACAUCUUUCAUUAUUACUAUUAUAUUAUAUCCCACAUGAUCGGUGUGAAUAUGUAAAUGUGUCCAUAAUAAUGUCUCUGAAUAACAGUGUGAUUAACACAUCACUAAUCAUUUCACUUUUUCUUCAAGACAUUUUAAUAGAGUUAUAAAUUCAGGACAGGAAAGUGUGAUGUGUUCUUGUCUAACUCCAAGGUGUUAAUAGUUACUGCUGACCACAUGUGCAAUAUUUUACUUCAACGUAUGUGGUCAUUUUUAUUUAAAAAAAAUCUACUUCUCAUUAUUUGACACAGAAGUUUACCCAAAGUGCAGUUUGUUUACUGUAAACAUCAGUAAUUUUUUUAAACUCUAUUUCUUUUGUGUGUGUAUAGAUGUGCAAGAUGAUUCAGUUCUCCCAGUGGGAGGAGUUUAAUUGUAUUUUUUUAACACCGAUCUGGGUGUUGAUAAUUUUCACUGUGACAUCUGUGCAUUUUUAUUUGUAUUUUAUCUGUUUUUCUGGUGUAAGAGUUUUAAUUUGUGUUGAUGAACUGUCACACUGUCACUGAGAAGAAUUAAAUUAUUUACAUUCAGGAAAA